AAGUCUAGUAAUUGUGUCAUUUGUCCUGCAGCACAAACGCCCUCCACUCCACUCAGAUUACAUUCUCGCCUUUAUCUUUCAUAUUAACGAGUUACAUUGUGAAAAUAAAAACAACUGGAGUCGGCCCUAAAAAACGUACUUUCACAGCUUGGACUAAAAACUUAAGUUAACCCUACAUACGACUGUUUAUCUAAUGUGAAAACAGAAAAAGAGUACGUAAAAGGUAUCUUCAAAUGUAAACAAAGGGAACACAUUCAAUAGAAGCAACAUUUAAUGGAAAUGCACAACAAAACACAUUCCACUGUUUUGGGAAAAGUAGGAUAAUCCGAUCCUCUUCCGGCAACUCAACAAUAUAGAAACCAUGACAAUAAUAAUAUAAAUUUCUGCAUUCAGAAAUGAACUUCAAUAAAAUUAAAGAGGUGAAUACAAAUUUCCACCUGAUAAUUUUUUUUUUUAAAGCACUACAUUAGCAUAAACAGUGAGAACACUUACUUAUAAUGAGGGGAGGGGAGGUGGAUGAUGGGCUGAUGUUUGGGUCCCAACGUGUUGUUGAGUUAUUGUGAAGUUAAGUUUGUGAUGUUUUUAAUUGAGUGAUUUUGUUGCCUAAUGUAUAUUUCUGUGAGAUCACGUUCAACGUAAACAGAAGACGGUUCAAAUAGAUUGUGCUAGUUCUGCUUCACUGUUUAUUUACAGGGAGUGUAAACAAAGGAAAUGGGUCAAAUCUUCAUCUGGACACUACUAACUGCAGUAAUCAGUUAGAUGUUGAAGAGUGAAACACUUUAGUCAAAUAGUAUUACAUUUAUAAAUCUUUCAAAAUGGAAAUGUCUAGUGCCUCGCAGUAAAUACAGAGCUAAAGUAAAUAUACUGUCCACCUUUGCUGUAAAAAGUAACUCUCUCACAUUGAUUUACAAAGUAGACAAUAGGUUUUUGGUGCUCUGUUUGACCACAUUUAUGGAGAAUAAUAAACAGUCAAGGGUUUUGAAUUGUUAUGUGGUCAAACCAGUCAAACUGGUGGUGACGCGCUCGUUAUUGGGUUGCAUGGGAUUGUCUUCUCCCAGUGAACUGUAGUUCAAAGGUAUGUGCAUUCUCACGGGCACGGUGAUACAACCUGUUAAUCAAGGCACUGUUUACAAAGGACAACAAAAGGAAGGAUCUUUGCCAAACCCACAUAACAAGACAAUGUAACACAUUGUUGUUGACUGACAGUAAAAUGCAGCUUUGUGUAAAAAGCUACUUUAAAAUAACAUUAAAGGAGGAGUUUGGUUUUCAUUAAAAAAAUAAAACAAGUUGUGGACUCUGACCCAUCGCGGCUGUGCUGGUUAUGCUGUCGUCAUGAAGUCAAAACAGGACGUUUCAAUACUAUGUGUAUUAUGACAUGUAUGUGCUGUUGGGACUGAAUCAAACAGAGAGAGAGAGAGACGUGGGAGAGAGAGAGAGACGGGAGAGAGGGAGGGACCUCUCCUGAGUCAAGACUGUGACGUGCUGCGUGAGUACAUUUUCAGAUGACUCAAACACCUGUAGGCAACAGACGAGGUGUAGCUGAUCUGAGGAGAGGAAUGUACUUCCAGUGGAUUAAGAAUCACAGUAAGGUUGCUAUGAGAUUACUUUUCAAUUUAUUUAUUUCCUGAUGUUGAGUUAAAAUACUCCUGUCUGAUCUUCAUUUUAAGAAGGAACUACCCAUUACCAGUGAUUAUGUCGAAUGAUUUGUGAAAUUGAGUAAUCAACUUAUUUCCACACCAUUAAACUGUUGGAGUCAGUUUGUAUUGGAAAGAAAAUGUGUUGUUUACAAUUCUAGAGUCGUGUUUUCAUUCACAGGAAACUUACGAAGAAACAACUGCCUUCCUCUGCAUUAAUGUAUGUCUAUUCUUCCCCAGGACAAAACCAAAGGCGAAGCCCAUCAACCACAGCUCUAAUAGUUUGUCUCGGUUCUCUGCUAAUGGGCAGUUUCAGAUGGGAUAAUCUGAAAUUCAUCUCCCGCCAAAAGUUGGAAGAAGACAGUGGACUUGUUAAUUAACAAGGUGGCCAUGUCGAUCCUGGAGAAAGAUGUUUCGAGAAAAAAGCUGUAGGGCUCAAAUCAUUUGCAGGCAGAAUGUUUCUUCCUGGAUGGUCCAUUUUGUGUGUUUUACUCACUCUACGCAUGUCAGCCUGUGGUUUGGGGAUUUCUGGAUAUGACAGCCAUGAAGUCAUUUGCUUGCAGGUUCUUUCUGAUUGCACCAUAAAGGACGAGAUGCCCCUUGUUGUAGCAGAGAAUAAUGGUGUGGGUGUCCACAACCUGACUCCAUAUUUCAAGCUCUGCUGCAGGGACGGGGCGCUGUGUGCAUUGUGUCUGGUGAUAGACACAGAGAUCAACUUCAAUCCAGAAAAAGACAUGGAGGAUGAAGACCACUCUGGGAAUGAUGAAGAGGACUAUAGCGAGGAGUCAGUGAUAAAUCCAAAAGCGUCGGUGACUCUGUGUUACAGUGCAGCUUCUGGCAUGCCCACGUGCAAGAAGGUGGAGUUUACGGUUAAUCGUGCAGCUCUUACUCAGACAAACUGGGCAGAGUUUUCUGUGGUGAUCAAGAAGCCAGCUGGGGUUUCCUUCAGCAGUCAUGUGACUGUUUAUUCGUCUACGCCGUCACAUCUAAGUCGAGAGGUUGUCGUUCCUUCUCUAGAUAAAGUGUGCUCCCAGGCGCAGCAGGAACGUGUGGAACAGUGCAGAGUGCCCAGACUCAGCAGUGUAAUUAAUCAAGAGAUGAAUCAGGUGGAGCUGCAGUUUGCUGGCCAGAAUAAAAGCCUCCUCUCCGUGUGCGUCCAGUACGAGCAGAAUGGAAGAUGUCAGAGAUGGAACAGGAUGCCCAUCCCACUGUACUCUGUGACCCCCUGCACGUGUCUCCAGGUAUGGAGUGAGGAGGAGCUGAGGCGCUCUCUAAGCUGCCCCUUCAUUAACACAGAUUUCCUCCGAAAGAACGUCUGGCAGAAUGUGUCGGUGUCUGUGAGACAGGGUCAAAUGAGCGACUACCGCACAAUGCUGUGGUGGAACCUGUCUGCACCCUGCAGGCUGGAGGGGGCAGUGUGGCCUUGCCUCAGAGGAACCACUUGCAGGGAGAUAAAGGGCUUUAGACAACAGCUGGCGAACAGCACAUGGAGACAAGACAGCAAGGGACAGUGGGAGAAAACAGGGGUGUUUGCAGAAAUCAAACUUCACCUCUCACCAUGUGUAAUGGUGAAGUUCAAGGGAAUGGGAUAUGAGCUGGGUCCAUUCUGUCUUAAAAACACUGGCAGGUGGCGCUGGAGUCUCCUGGUUGUUUGCGUCACGAUGCUGGUUUGCUUGACAGUGCUUGUAUUUUAUCUCCUUCAUGACGUCAUCAAGAAAUGGGUGUGGAGCUGGCGUCAUGGUGGAUUGAUGAAGCUUGGCAGAAAGGGUCAUGUGGUGUUGUUAAGCCCCCCGGAUAUGGAUGAUCGUGUUUCGGAGUCAGUAUGCCGACUCGGGUCCCAGCUCUGUAACAAGGGCUUCAGCGUGUGUGUGGACCAGUGGAGCAGGAAGGAGCAAUGCACUCUGGGGCCUCUGCCAUGGCUGCACUCCCAGCUGCUGGAACUGAACAGCCGGGGCGGCCGAGUUGUACUCGUCUUGACCGGCAAAGCUUUAGAGAGAGCAAAGGAAUGGACCCAUCGGAACACAGAGGUUAUCAAGACGAAGGGGGACGACAAGGAACUACCUCAGAUAUGUUCCCCUUACUCGGAUGUCUUCACAGCCUCCCUGUGCCUCAUCCAAGCGGAUAAGCAACAGGGCAGAGCCGGAGAACGUUUUCUUCUGGUGACUCUUGACUCCCUUCUCAGCAGUGACAGGAGUCUACCAGAGCUUCUUCAAGGUCUGACCUUGUUCCAGCUUCCCUCUCAUACCCAGGCUCUCUUGUCUGAGCUCACAGUGGGAAGGACUGGGAAGGGAGCAGGUCGAAAGACAUGGACAGAGCUGACAUGCUUGUGUGGAUGGAGGGCAAAGACGAAAGGGGGACCAGAUCAGCAGAAUGCCUCCUACAGUAAAUGUGCGGAAGUUGAGGAAACUUGGCGACAAAGCGUUUGAAGCACCCGUAAAUUAUUGUUGCUCUGUACAUGAAGGACACGUUCAUCUAAAUUGUGGAUGAGAUAAACAUUAGACACUAUUAAUGGCUGGCUGGUAAUGAUCUAUAGCCGUUAGUCUCCAUAAAUACCAUGAAAUGACCAACUACAAAGCCUUAGUUCAUCUCGCAAUCAGCUUAUUUACGACUUCACUUCCCUGUCGGCACUUUUCAGCACCCUUUUUUUAAUGCCACUGCAGUUCUUACGCAUGUUACUUUAUUGGAAGAAAAUAGUAUUUGUUCGGGACUGUUUUCAGCUGUGGAUUUGAUAUGCUAGUGAACAUCUAAGCAAAUAGUAUGGAGAUUGUGGGACUGACUCGCAAGUUUUAGAUAAGAUUUCAAACAUGUAACACAUGACUAACAACAUUGACAAUCCAAAAAAUUAACAGUAAAUAAAUGAAUAAUUAUUCCAAACAAUAUGUUCAAAUUAGUAGGUAAAAGAAUAUACUUAUAUGGUCCUACCCUUCUAUAAUCUAAAUAAUUUGCUUUGUGUUUGACAUUUAUACACACAAAUACUUGUCUUUAUGGUUAUCAUAUACAGUAUACCGUAACAAUUUACUUUAGUGUAACUCAAAUGUGAAUUAAAUAGCUACCUAAAUGUUUAUCCUAUUUACAACAACAAAAAUAGCAUACAUUGGUACACACUGUUAUUUCCCUUUUUUCCAAUUAAUUUCAUCAGACGGUCACAGUGAUUGGAGGAUUGUUCAGAUCACCUGUUGACUCCUGAUUAAGAAUUGAGAGCAGCUUGGUGCAUUUCCUCUAGCGGCCAAUCAGCGUGUGACAACACCUAUUCUUUGUGGUUCAAGAGGAGAGGAAUUGCACAACCAGUGCAUAUUGAUCUUUCCUUGACCUGCAGACCUCAUUGCUACAUGCUGGUCUUUGGGCACGGUUGAUACUUCUUUGCCGUCUCAACUUUGAUGGCAGAGGGUGAUUUUUGAGCAAUCUAAAAGCUGGUUUGAGGGGAAAUUAUAGUACACCUAUGCUUUAGCUUAUACCUGCAUCAUGGCAAACAAUAAAGUCCACGGGGUAGACUUUAGUAAGCGUGUAGAUAAACUUAAUGCCCACUAACUUUGUUUUGUUUAUUGGAAUAUUUCUUAUUGAAACAUCCUUUAAACACAUUUCCUUAUUAAGAAUAUAAUACUAUAACAUGUCCAGACUCUAUGCUUCAAUAUGUUUAAACUAAAAUGUUACAGACUAAUUAUAUCCAUGAGCCUACUGUAUGUCUGCCAACACGUGUCUAUAAAUAAAGGCACGUAUUUAUGCGCAUGAGGGAUCCUGAAUUGUGAUUGGCCUUCUCUCAGAGAGUCGGUGGAUCUUAUUGGUGCAAUCUAAUGCCAGUCAAAGGACACGGAGAAAUGCUUGUUUACUUAUUUCUUGACAUCCCGGAGGGGUGGUGCUGUGAGGCUGCUGCAUGCUCCGCUCGCUUGGGAUGUUCGGUUCAACUCUUUUAUCAAACCCGAACUAGUUUUGAAGUUUGAGAAGCACAUGUCGGCUGCACUCGCAGCGUUUAUGAAACUUGUACAAAGACGACACAGUUCAGACUCAGUCGAAGCACAUAGAGGUAAAGAAAACGCAUGUCUCUCGUUUGUUUUGAGGUGCAAUUAAAUGCUUGGUGUGUUCUAUGUAACUAAAUAAGAAGUAUUAUCAAAAAGUAUUUAAAAUGGAAAGGACCCAUCCCAGAGUAAAGUAUUGAGCAUGUAAGCAUCAUUAACGUUGCAACUUUAACUAUAUACUCUGGUAGUUUGAUCUACAAUGCAUUAUAUUUGUAAACAUAUGUAUGUAAAAUUGAAUCUGGAGUCACUAUAGUAGCCAUGUACAUGUGGGGGAGUACACAAUAUUAUGUCUCUUGCAUUCAUUAAAUCAUAAGUAUAAAGUAAAGUAUCUGAACAAAUUGA